AGAUACUAAAAAUCUUUAUCAAUUUGUUUCCUACUGUUAAUUAACCAAUCAGCCUCUAAUCUAAUAUUCUGACUAGGCAUGACAAGACUCAGCACACCACAUCUAAUACUGUUGAUGUUAUGUUAUCAGCUGGUGACUGGGGACGAGGCAGCCUGUUACAGCAGGUCGGUAGAGGAGCCCAUAGUGGACAAACCUGGUGAUUUUGUCAUCGCUGGUAUUUUCAACAUCGGGGAGAUCGAGGAGACUCAGAACCCUAAGACGAACGAGACAGAGUUAUCGUGCGUGCUAUCAGGAAGUAACUUGUCUUAUUGGAGUCUACAAAGGGCACUGAGUUUCAUUGAGAUCCUUAACAACUUCAAAACCUCACCUGGCUAUACACUUGGUUAUAAAAUCUUCACUGGGUGCAACAGUAUGGUGGUAUCCCGACUAGUAUCACGUGCUAUCUCACUAGAUGACAGAGUGACGGGGGCCCUCCUCCCUGGCUAUAAGAAACACGUGGAACCUCUAGCUGGUCUUAUCACUGCUUACAGUAUUCCUGCUGUCAGCUAUAUCUACGCUGAUGAUGCCCUCAUGGACCAGGAUAGCUACCCGACAAUGAUAACGUUGUUAGACACGGAGAAGAACGAAGCGGAGAGCAUUAUCCGGUACCUGGAGAAACAGCAGUAUCAGUUUAUAGACGUGUGGUAUCAUGACUUCUCUAAGGAGGUUGCACACCACAUCUACGAUAACUACGUGCUGAAGGUAGGUUGUGGCCGUAUUAACGAGUACACAACCAGUUCUGGGAUGGAUAUCGACAAGAUCCUCCCCUUAGUCUACAGCAACACCACAGUCGAUCCUGCCAAAGUUCAACUCCUACUUUUCAACAACAAGAAAUCAGCCAGCAACUUCCUCAACCUAACAGUGAAUCAAUUGCAGUGGAAUAACACCAUUUUCAUGUUCGGGUACAGCAAUGGUCGGGACUCUUACAUGGACUAUUAUCUGAGUGCCAUUGAUUGGAACUCAACUGUGACUAACACGUUAAUCUUCCUUGGAUCGGACUUCUUAAAUGUGCAACUUGAGAACUUCUGGGGAAAGAUAAGCGACCCAAAACUACUUCGUGACGUUCCGGAGAAUUUAGCACUUCUUGACCCGUACGAGGUGAUACGAGAGAGACGACAGUACACCACACAAAAGACAAGUUGGCUAGGAUUCUCUAUGAGUGGGACAUCUCUCCUAGCCCAGUCCCUUGAUACUGUCCUUCAGCAGAAUACCAAACAUUCCUGUGCUUCUGAACUGAGGAAACGCGUCUUUGAAACACUCUCCACAGGCAACUACACUGUUUCUCUGGAGAGCACUGAUUUGGGGAUUAACUUUGUGAACAGGUCCUACUCUAAGGGGUACGCAGUUAAAGCGGUCACCGCUACAGGGAAUAACUCUAUAUCCACUCUGCUGGGUUACUCUUCCCAUCUUGGUAUCGAACUACUGAACGAGAGGAUACCGCAGAAUCUCAGCUCGACACCAGAACAACAGUCCUGCUCGGUAACCUGUCCCCCAGGUCAGCAUCGUGACUUUAUGGACGUGGUAAACUUGCCCUGUUGCUGGAAGUGCGUGAAGUGCCCAAUCCACUACUACAACAACAGGUCCGAUCAGAACAAGUGUCUGGAAUGCGGCCCAAACGAGACGAAUUCCGAUGAUUACAUAGGUUGUGUUCCUACUCAUAGAGAGUUCCUAAAGAUAUCAUCUAGAUACGUGAUCCUUGGGAUAACCUGCAGUGGUCUCAAUCUCGUUGUCAUCACCUUUGUCAUGAUCCUGUGCAUAAGACUGGCAUCUCGACCAGUCAUCAAGGCUGCUGAUCCUGCAUUUUUGGUAACAUUCCUCUUAGGGCUAGCUUUUGGGAACUUUGGUGUGAUACUCACUCUGAUGAAGCCCUCACCGAGGGUUUGCACAGCGGAAUUUAUCCUCAACACCGUGUUUUUCACUUUGGUGACAUCAAGUUUAGAGCUGAGAUCAAUGAAGAUCUACACAAUAUUCUCAGCAGCAAACAACUUCAGAAAACCAAGAUUCCGGGGUCUUUGUACACGGAGAGGACAGAUGGUGAUGAACACAGUUAUCUUGAUAGUAAACCUUACAAUAACAGUAUUUGUGGUGGAGAUGGGUAACGGUUGGAAGUUUGAGCUAGUCCAGGAGCAGAUCCACAGGGAACUAUACGUCAUGUGUAAAUCAGGCAGUUGGUUAACAUUCCUGCCCUUCAUCAUCCCCGGAUUCCUCUUCCUACAAACACUUUACUUUGCUGUUAUAAUGAGGAACUUCCCCCACAACUUCAGAGAAACUACCAGUAUCUUUGCAGCGACCCUCAUCGCCAUCUUCUCUUCCGCCAUGUUCCUGACCGGGUAUGAGCUGUCCCCACCCAAGAACAAAUCAGUCCUGAGGGCCAUCAUGAUCUACAUAUCAGUGCUGGCAUUCCUAGGUUCCAUCCUGGGCCCCAAGUUUGUGGUGCUGAUCAGGUUCAGGAGCAGUGCUUCAGAAGAGAAGGAGGAAAUCAGUGCAACUUUACACAAUUAUUGCAACACCGUCAGCACUAAAUCAAUUAGACAUACUGGUAAGACCAUGACUAAGGUUAAUGGGGUGAAGGGAGCUACUAAAACUAACAAUGUUGUCACCAGAGAAGCUUCCCUGACAAUAUCCAGUGAUUCUGAAUUACAAGUUAGGAAUGCAAGUGUACAAGAACCUGAUGUUCUCAACAUUGAUUGUUAUAAUAAAUCUGCAAUCAUUUAAUAUAACUGCUCAGUCCCUGAAAAACUGUUCACAGAUUUUAAAUUCACAUAAUGUUUUUAGAUUUAAAGAAAGUGAGAGAGAAAGAUUUUUGGUUUGUUUCGUUUAAGAAAUUCGAACAGAUUUUAUCAGCUAAUUAAAAUCAAUUUUGUAACUGUGCAAUUAAAUUAAUAAAUAACUAAACGCUGAUGUAAGUCUUUCAUUAACUCGACAACCUAUGUUAUAUGAGUUCUGUUGUUCAAAUGUUUUACGAGCAGUGUACUUCUGCCGUUUUCUGACAAAUGUGCUUAAGUAACAUUUAGGAAAUUUCGGAUUUUUUGG